UGUCACUUUUUCGUAACACUCUUUUGCGGAAUGACCCUUCCGUAUAGACGUAUUUACGUCAAAAAUUCCCUUCUUCAAAGUUUAGAAAAGCUAAGUGAAAUAUAAGGUGUUUACGGCGAUGAGUACGAAGUAAGUCGCCUCUCACAAUGUAGUUAGAUAGAAGAAAUCUGGUGUAAAUCUACCAGACUACACGUUGCAAUAACCCAGCAGACAGCAAUCUUUAGUCUGGUAGAAGUUUACAUCAGGGCAAUCCGACCCGAUGAUGGAGGCAGCAAGGGCCUCUGAAUCGUCAGUAAACUUCUACCAUAUCCUACGGCGCAGCAACUUAGAAGACAGGAAUCUUCAGACUCACCCCGUGAAAACCUCAAAUCCUACGUAAAUCUAAACAUCAUUUUAACGUCUGUGCUUUUCAGAGAAGAAUGUGUUUUUUUACUGCUUUUUUAUCUGUGGUUUCGAUUAUGGCUUCUGUGGUAUUUGUAUGAACUAGUGAUUAUGACGUGAAAAUGUCAAUACGUACUUCUUCUAGUUUAGUUAAUUCUGGUGAUGAUAGUUUUGAUUACUUAUUUAAGAUAGUAUUAAUUGGUGACUGUGGUGCAGGAAAAACAUGCGUUGUACAAAGGUUCAAAUCUGGAACAUAUGUGGAAAGACACUUCAAUACAAUUGGAGUUGAUUUUUCAAUGAAAACUGUAAUAGUCGAUGGCAAGAGGGUGAAGCUGCAAAUAUGGGAUACAGCAGGCCAAGAACGGUUUCGUACCAUAACACAAAGUUAUUAUCGAUCUGCACAUGGUGUAAUUUUAGUGUAUGACAUAACAAAACGGUCAUCAUUUCUCAGUCUUCAAAGAUGGAUUGAAGAAGUUCGAAGAUAUACUGCCUCAAAUGCAAUGCUAAUUGUUGUUGGCAAUAAGUGUGAUCUAGAAAGUUUAAGGGAGGUGGAAUUUGCUGAAGCAGAAGUAAUGUCUGUGUACAUUCCAGAGAUCUUGUUUGUUCUUGAAGCUUCAGCCAAAGAAAACACCAAUAUUGAUGAUGCUUUUAUGCGUUUGGCUACAAAACUGAAGAGAAGGCAUGGUGCCAGUCCAUAUUCUAUAGGCACGGAUGAAGACACUGUAAAGCUCGGUGAAGGGAAGAGCCUGACUCGCUGCAGUGGUUGCAAUUUUGGUUUUCAAUAAUGUGCCUUACAAUUGAGUCGGACAGUAACGUGUGAUGCAGUUCUGAUGUGACAUUGUCACCAUAUCCUAGCCUUGUGCACAAUCUUUAUUAGUAGGAAGAUUAGCACCAGAGUGGCAUAGCAGAAGAUGGAGUUGUAAUAUAAGUGAUCUGACAGCAGCAAUAAAGAAUUUCUGGGAUCUUUUUGGGUAAAAGUUGUAGUCAAUCUUAGUAGCACAGAAUUAAUGAGCUUUAAGUUAUAUUAGCUGCUUCAUGCCAUUUUUAUUAGUGACAUAACCAUACUGAUUGACUGAGUGCCAUUAGCGUAAUUAUGCAUUCUGGGAUGAAAUCUUAUUUUUUAACAUAUUUCAAGUGUGAGAGUUGUGCCAUUUGUUAUAUUUACAGUGAAAUACCUGUUUAAUGAAUCUGUGGGGGAAAUAACUUUUCUUACACUAAAUCUGGGUUUUUACUAAAUGGGAUUACGUAAAAUUUACGUUGGGAACGUUUUUAUCUUGUUAUAAAAUUGGCUGUGUAUAAGGAUGAUAAAAAUAAUUUCUUUACAUAAGUGUUUCUUUACAAAUACAGUUACAUAGUUUUAUUUCACGCAAUAUAUUACGCUGAAGUCAAGCAGCUGCAAAUGGCUAGUACAGUUUGCAGGGAAAGUCAGUGCCUUAAUGUGGCAGAGAGAAGUUGUAUCUGGAAAAUGAGGUACAUAUUUAUUAAUAUACGGGAGAAUGAUUCUCUUGACGUCACUCAUUUUCGUAACAAGUGACCUUAGAACAUUUUUAAAAAGCUUGUAUAUAAUGUGUGUAUUGUCUGAAAGUGUAAGAAUAUUUCCAUGACAAUGUCCACACAGUCAUAAAACAUCUUGGCUUGGAAUAUUUUCCCACUUUUUGGGGGCGGAAACUUUUCACUUGUGUCCAUAUUUGCAUGCAGUAGAGCAGUGAUUUUUUUCUAUAUUAUAUUUUAUCCCAUGGCAUAGUGUUUCCCUGAGAGAAAGUGUCUAGCGGAAGAAGGCUUUUUGCCUUCAAAAUGCGUCAGCAAUAAUUAAAUCUUCCAGUAUUCAACUGAAUCUUUACACUUCUACUCUCCCAAUAUGUAUUUUUUAUAUAUCUGUCCUUGACGCUUCAUAAACCUGUCCAGACACCCAUUGGUAGCUUUAAAAUUAUCAGUCUUUAAUGUCGGUUAAUUUUGUUAGCUUGCCCUUCUCUUAGAUUUUUGCUGUUUGAUUGGUAGGUUUGCAGAAUGCAUUCAUUUCACUACAUCAGCACAUUCUUUAUAUAUUUAUGUUGCCAUGCUUUUAUGUCUCUUCUUUUUAUUUGAUCCAUAUCUCCUUUUCAGUUCUGUGCUUAGAAUAGACAUUUUGUUUUUCAUUGUGCUACAUAAAAAUUGUUUCAAGGUCAAAUUUUUAUUGCUGGAACAUUUGUAUUUUUUCCACUUCCAUAGAUAAUUUUAGCUUCUUCCAUGACUGAUUGCUUAUUUUUGUAGCAGUUUUGAGUAAGCAGUUAAUAAGAGUACAAUAAAGAAACACUAGUUAUGACA